GUUGGAUUCUGUCUCUGUUUAAUUUGCCCUUUGGUUUUUAAUUUACUCUUUUCCUGUUAUCAGCACUUAGUUCUGCAAGCGUACACCACCUCCAGACAGCACCAGCUACCCCCAAUUUUUCGAUAAUACCCUAUUUCGGCCACUUGCGACAAGAACUAGAGCACGGUAAAGUCAUUAACCUAAAUAACACAUACCCACAAAUUUUCGGAAUGGACUCUCAGGUAUCUAAAAUGGCACCUCUCUUCGACACGCAGUUCCAGAGUACCAGUCAAUCUACACAAGGCCAGGACCAGUUUGACUGGGUUGGUCCGGCCAGUGUGGGCGCCAACGCCAACACCAAGGCCAACGCCGCUGCGCCUGCAUUGGAAAAACCCGCCUUGAAUCUUUCCAACUCUCUGAGCAGCAUAUUCUUCAACAACAUAUACAAUGACGCAGAGACUGCUGGAGUGGCCCAACAGGACAUCCCAGAGACCCGUCAGGACGACGCUGGCGCGGACAUUUCCUCCACCUUGCUGCAACUGAUAAACGAGAAACCUUUGGUGACGGACAUGAAAUCGACUCCAAGGUGCGCCACCCGCCUCAACUUUGAUGUCAACCCGCUCCUCUUCACCCAACCGGUGACCGGCAUCCCUCCAGCCGAUGUCAGUCCUCAGUUCAAGGACCCACAGUCUAUCUCACAAUCAGGGGUGAAUAACGACAACAACAGCAUCACCAACAACAGCAACAACACUGACGAACAGUACAAUAGUCUGUUCACCUACUUGAUGAAUGCUAACCAAGAUGUCAGCACCCCGGCAAACGACUACUACAGCAUCCACACCCCGGUUGCCAGCGACAUGUCUCUCUCGCCUUAUCAGAGGCGCCGCUUGGAGAGCGGAGUGAGCGGCAGCAGUGCGAAUGGCGGAAGCGAUGAUUUUCUGAUGAUGCAGGGCGACUUGCUCAGCGAUGCCACGAGCGUGACGUAUUUGGACGAGCACAGCUUGUCCAAGUUCAACGACUUUUCGAACAUGGGGAUGAACCCUAACACAAACACAUUGGGCGGUGUCGACACGGGAAGUGACAGAUUCAACACAGAUAACAAUACUAUGGCCAGAGAUAGAUUGUUUUCGAGCUUCUCGGAGGUGGAGACACUCAACGAAGAGAUGAAGGAGGCCCUGAAUGAGGCUCGUCUGCAGUUGCCCAUCUCCCUACCCAGCCAGGGCAUGAGCCUCUACUCGGAGAAAGGCGACGGCCAAGGCGUGGCCGAGGGCAGCAGCAGAAGAAGAAGCGAUGUCACUAGUGCACACACGGGUGGUUUGAACAACUACCAGGACAUGGACAGUAACGACGAAAGCAAUGAAUUCGGCACUGGUGACAGCGAGAGCGACGGAGAGAACAAUGGCGACGAUGACGAUAACGGCGACAACAACGACAGUGACGACGACACGAACAUUUCAGGAAACUGCAGCGACGACGACAGUUUUGAAGGCACAGGCGAGGUAAAGAGAGGGGCGAUGGCGGUCAAAAGAGCCAGAAACCACGCACGGGGCAAGAGCGCCGGAUCGGGCAGCACGGCCUUUGCAGGCGGCCUGGCCAACGGCAUUGGCAAGACCGACAAGCAGUUCAAGUGCAGCAAGUGCACCAGCUCGUUCACAAGAAAAACAAGACUCACGGAGCACGUGAACCGCGUGCAUCUGGGCAAGAUCUACCACUUCAAGUGCAACCAGUGUGGAACCCGUUUGAGCUCGAAGGAGAACCUCACGCGGCACAGCAUUGUGCACACGGACAAGUUCAAGUGCAAGCGUUGCAACAGGCGUUUUGACCGAAGCUACAGAUUCCAACGCCAUUUAGAGAAGUGCAACAUGGCACACUACUGAGGUGGUGUAAAUCUGUACCAGCAGCACCCAUUCAGUUUUUCCUUUUUAGAUCUUUUUAUUGCUUCACCACAGCUAUUUAAUUUUUACAGUAUUUACGACGCUUAACGCUUAAUCUCAAUCUAUCUUCGAGUAGCACCACCAGCC